GCCUCGCCUUUUCUUCUCCGACAGUCCUUCCGACCCUCUGGUUUCAUCUCCGCUGCCUCUGCCGGCGAUUCACUUUUCGACGGUGAAACAAAUGAGGAGGUGAGGGUGCUUGUUUUCAUGGUAUAUUGGCAAAUUUGAAUUAUCCCUUCUUUGGGGUUGUUUGCUUCUCCAUGGCUGACGGUUGAAGCUGUUCCUCGUCCUUUUGAUUCGAUAACAUUGUUCGCCAUGACCGAGCAAUUCCGAGGACUACCGCUGGAGCCUUGGCCAGGGGCAGACCGACGGGCUGUGAAUAUGCCCAUCAUGUGUUUGAUUCUUGGUUCUCUUCUUUGUCUUCAAGUGAUCACUCUCCUCGUUCUAGCUCUAACGUCAAUUUCGACUCUCGCCUUAUGAAAAGACGCAGUUUUGAUGAUAAUGGUAAUGAUCAGUCCAAGAGGUUGAGGCAAAUGGGCGUUUCGGAUGUUGGGGUUAGGGUGAAUGAGGAACUUGAAUCUGAUUGCUCUGAUGAGUUUGAAGAAUCAGAUGGAGAUGGAAGAGAUGAUGAUGACGAUGAUGAGAAAAGCUUUAAGGUUUUAGAUUCCUUCAAAAGGGAUCGUGAGCAAAAGCAAGAGACAAUGAGAAUUGAGCUAGGGGAACAUGAACUUCGGCAUCCAUUGGUGAGGAAGUCUGCAGGCUGAUUGAUCUUAGGUCAGCUUGGAAUCCCAAGAUGGAAGAGGAACUGAAGCGUUUGCGCAGAAGCCUCAAGCCUCGACUAGUUUGUGCUGUUCUGCGAUCUCAAUCAGAUGAGAGAGUUGCUUUAGGUUUCUUCUAUUGGGCUGACCGUCAGUGGCGGUACAGGCACCAAUCACCAUGCUAUUGUUUAUUACGUGUUGCUUGAGAUGCUCAGUAAAACUAAACUAUGCCAAGGUGCGAGGAGGAUAAUCGUGCUCAUGCUCACCGAGGUGUUGAAGGACAGCCUGAAGUGCUUAGUUAUUUAAUGAAAUGAUUUCAUACAGUCGAGCUGGUAGGUCGAGGAAUGCUAUGCAGGUGUUGACGAGGAUGCAGAAAGCUGGCAUUGAACCUAACCUCCUGAUAUGUAACACCACUAUCCAUGUUUUGGUGUUGGCAAAUAGGUUGGACAAAGCAUUGAGGUUUAUGGCAAGGAUGCAACUUGUUGGGAUCACUUCAGACGUUGUAACUUAUAACACUUUGAUCAAAGGUUACUGUGAUGUCCACCGAGUUGAAGAUGCUAUGGAGCUGAUAGCUGAAAUGCCAUUCAAAGGAUGUCCUCAUGACAAAGUGAGUUACUAUACUGUCUUAAUUAUGAGGUAAGCCUAUUCAUGAAUCAAGCUCGUGUUUCCUUUGGAUGUGCUUCAACACCAAUUGUUAAACUGCAAAGAAGAAUGUACAUUAUAGUUGAUGCCAAUAACUUGAACUUUUGUGACUUACGAGGAUGCUUCUUAUUGGCCUAUAUCUGCUUAUACUGUGACCUGAAAUUAUUCCUUGCUCUCUUCUUCUUAGGUAAAUGAGAUUGCUUGGGAUAUGACAGGAGGGAUGUUCCUUAUGACAACUGGGAAUGGUAAUAAGUAAUAACGAUUUUCUCAAUGACCAUUGCUAAUUUCGCAUUAAACAGUGCUCAGGUUAUCUUAUUGCUAUGAGUUCUUUUUGGAAGGUACCGUUGAAGUGCUUGCAUACCCAGCUCUUCGGCCAGUGGACACUCUUAUGGCUCAUACAGCUGGGUGCUAUUGCAUUGCCAUUGAUCCAAAAGGAAGGUCGAGUUCAGAAGUUUCAAAGUUCCAAACUUUAAUGGCAUAUGAACUGCACGUGAGUCAUAGAACCACUAACUUAAGUUCUUUGCUCACAGAUAUUUCGCAGUGGGGAGUGCUGAUUCACUAGUCAGUCUUUGGGAUAUCUCAGAGAUGCUUUGCGUCCGGACAUUUACAAAGCUAGAGUGAGUUUGAUUUGUCUUAUUUGCAACUAUUCCUUUUAGUGGCUUACUGUUAACUAACAACCAAACAAACAAACUAACUGGGGUGAUAAACUAUUUGUUGUCAACUCGAUCAGGUGGCCUGUUAGGACAAUAAGCUUAAACCACACUUUAUCUUCAAACCGAUUACCAAUUUGUUUGUCUGGCCCUGCAAUCCUUCAAAACAGUCCAAUGCUCAAACCAGUGGGACAGUUCAUCAAAUCCCAUGUCGAGCUGCCAUGAACAGUGUCGAGUGGAACCCCAAGUACAAUUUACUUGCAUAUGCUGGCAGUGGCAGUGUCCUCUUUUAAAAAAUAAAUUAAAUACAAAUAAUUCUAAAAUAAUUAAUAAAUAAUAUUUAAAUAAGAAAUACUUUACUCAUACAGUUUGAAAAAAUUCACAAUGUGUUUCAUAUUAAAAAAUGAUUGUAGAACACACUUGGGGUCUACACUAUUCAAAAAAAAAUUGUCUCUGUAUAUCAUAUUAGACAAUCAUUCACGAACUGAUCACAUAUUCAAUUUCUAAACUUGUUUGUGAUGUAAUCCAAAGUUGAAAAGACUCUUUCAAUACUUGUUGUACAACCAUAAAUCAAUACAAAUUAAGGGUAGCUUGAAAUUUGUUUAAUUGUUAGAUUUUGAAAAUAAUUAGAGAUAGAGAAUGACAUUAUACUAUUACACAGUGUUUAAAAUCGAAUAACAUAUGAGUUGUAGCCUAAUGAAAAUUUUGUUUAUUAAUAAUAAAAGUGUCCUAGGUUUGAAUUACCCAAACUAUGACUUAUAUUCUCAUACUCAAACUAAAAGAUGAGAGUAGGAUAAUCACUUUUUUAAAUUUAGGGGGUGUCCCCGACUAUCAAUUAUAAUUUUUUUUGUCAAUACGUAAAUUACUACCGGGGGUUGGAUAAUCGUUUUCCCAAAAUUUAGGGGUGUCCGGGGACACCCCUAAACAGCAGUGGGUCCGCCCCUGUAUGCUGGGGAUGACAAGAACAAAUAUCAAGCUGAUGAAGGUGAAUGAUAUCAUAAAUCCUCACUCAACUUGAUUUUUCAUGUUAUUGCAGGUGUUUUCCGUAUAAAUAUUGUCUCGUAUG